AUGGAAAUUCGCUGCAAGCUGUUCAUGGGUACGCUCAAAAAGGCAGCACUUGAUUGGUUUAGUGGUCUCCCUGACCGAUCAAUCACUAACUUUGAUGUUUUCAAUCGGCUCUUCAUGGCACAAUUCACAGCUAACAAGAAAAAACCGCUGAUCACAUCAGACUUGUUCGAUCUCAAACAACAACAUGAGGAGUCGUUGAAGGACUUUCUACAAAGGUUCAAUGAGGUCGCCUUGAGGAUAACAUCCUUGGAUGAAAGGAUGGCGGUCAUCGCAUUCCAGAAGGGUCUGAGAUCUGGAACUUUUGACAUCGCGCUGGAGACAACAAAUUGUCAAACGAUGUCCGAGGUGAGAGCUUUUGCCCUAAGUCACAUCAAGACGGAGGAAGGACAAAUCAAUAAGAGGGCGGCUGAAAGCCGAGAAGCAGGGGGCAGCAACAAGGAGGACAAUAAGCACCUCCGGGUACGCUUGGAUUGGAAUAAGCGACGUGAUCACUAUAAUGCGAAGGAGGGAAAUCGUAGGCAGAUACUCCAUGACGUCAACAACACGUCACCUUUUGAGUUCCCGGCAGUGACUGAUCAUCAAUUGGGUCCUUUCAAAACUGACUGGUGUGAGUUUCAUAGGACCCAUGGGCACACUGCGGAGAAUUGUUUCAUUCUCGGUAGGCAAAUUGAGCGCCUUAUCAAGGAGGGUCAUUUGAAGAAGUUUGUAGCAAGAAAGCAUGAUGAACGCCCGUCUAAUAGACAACGUAGACAUGAAGGGGAGGAUACGAAAGGAGGAAGACACAAAGGGAGGUCUCCUCCUAGAGAUCUUCUAGAAAAAAUUUCGGAGACUCAUCAACAGGCCAUCCAUGGAGAUUUUAACACCAUAGCGGGGGGAUUUGCUGGAGGGGGCCCGACGUCAGUGACGCGGAAGAGAUACUCCCGCUCGGUGUUAUCAGUCUCGGAGUGGGCGAGACCAACUCUGCCAGCCAUCAUAUUUUUGAACGCCGACUUUGAAGGGGUGUCUCCCCAUGAGGACAACCCUAUAGUCAUUUCUGCGAUCAUCAUGGGCUAUAAUGUGAAACGCAUGUUGGUAGAUCAGGGUAGCUCGGUGGACAUCAUGUUCUGGGAGGCAUUUAUUGGGAUGAAAAUUUCGACUGAUCGCCUUAUGCCAUAUGCAGGUACUUUGGUUGGUUUUGCAGGUGAUCAGGUGACGGCCAAGGGGUACGCCGACAUGGAGACCACCUUUGGGCAGGGAGACCACAUGAAGACUAUCACUGUCCGAUACCUGGUGGUGAACGCCCAGUCAUCUUACAGCAUACUAGUCGGACGACCCACGUUGAAUAAGUUAGGCGCGGUCGUCUCCACACCCCACUUGAAGUUGAAGUAUCUUCUACCCAGUGGAAAGGUCGGAGUCCUCUGUGUAGAAGUCGCAAGGAAAUGUUACGAGGACAGCUUGAGGGUGAGAAGACACCUAUAUGUGACACAGGUUGAUCGGGGCAUCCAAUCCAUUGAGUUAGAUUCGAGGAUGAUUCACUUCGAUUCCCGACCAGCCCCGGUGGAGGACGUGAAGGAAGUUAGCCUGGCUGAAGGAAAAACCGUGAAGAUCGGUGUGUCUUUAGCUAAAGGAGAUGAGGAGGGGUUGGUGACCGUGUUGAAAAGCAACAUAUCAGCCUUUGCGUGGAGUGCCAGUGACAUGCCAGGUAUUGAUCCAGAUUUCCUAUGUCACCACCUCAUGGUUGACCCCAAGGCGAAGCCUAUGAUUCAAAAAAGGUGA